AUGGCUCCUUACUAUGAUGGGCUGGCUGCGUUUCUCUUCCGACAGCUCUUCUGGGCCAUCCCCGAUCCACCUCCAGUUCGUCUCGACGGACAGAGGGUAUUGGUGACAGGGGGUAACUCGGGGGUCGGUUACUACUUAACGUCAAUGUUGGUCUCUCGCGGCGCCGAGGUGGUCAUGGCGGUGCGUUCCAUUACCAAAGGGAGAGAAGCGAGAGAUACGAUCAUUAACGAUGUUCCCGGAGCUCAAAUAUCUGUGCGAAAUUGUGACCUCGGCUGCUUUGAGUCGAUGCGUACCUUCAUUGCCGAGCUACACCGUGAUGGGCUCACUUUUGAUAUAGUAGUGUUUAACGCCGGGGUGUGGUGCGCCGAAUGGAUAGCAUCGGCGGAUGGACUAGAUAUGACGCUUCAGGUUAAUGUGCUGGCCAAUGCCUUUUUGGCCACCUCGCUGCAGCCUCUUUUGCGAUCUGGAAUAGGACGACCUGCCCGAAUGGUAUUUGUUACCUCUGAAGGGCAUGCCAUGAUUCCCACCAACUUCAGGCGCGACGAGAGGAUGUUGGCUCAGUUUGACUCGCAGUCCCCUCCGGGCGUCUUUAAUCACUACACGCAUUAUUACUCGUCGAAGUUAUUCGGCCUCUUGUGGGCGAUGGCUUUUGCUCGCCGUGUGGACCCGGAAAAUGUUUCCAUCGUGCUCGCCUCUCCUGGCCUCUGUAAGAGCAACCUAUUUCGGCACGUUCAGUCGGGUCCGACCAACGUCCUUACCUGGUGCUUUGCACGAUCUUGUCUCGAUGGGGCCCGAAUGAUCUUGACCGCUGUUCUUGAAGAACGCGAUUGUCGUUCUUCUCGUCCUGAAGACACCUACUACAGCCAAGGCGGCAUUGCCCCGGUUUCCCGGUUUGCUUCUGCGCCAGCAGGUCCUUUUUGGCAUGAAAAACUGUGGGACGAGGUUGCUCAGUGUCUCAAAUCUGUGAACUGUGCGUUGUGA